CCUAGUAUUCUAGAUAAUGGAAAAUACAAAGAAACUUACAGUUGUAUGUAUUGUGAUGGCCAAAUGUUAGAUCAAGGAUUAUUAAAAGUUCGAGAUCAUGACCAUAUUAAUGGCAAGUAUAGAGGUCCUGCUCACAGUGAUUGCAAUAAAAAAUUACAAAUGGGCGCUUUCAAAACCAAAGUACCACUUAUAUGCCAUAAUUCCCGACAUUAUGAUACACAUAUACUUAUGGGGGUUGUAGCUAAAUUUACAGCAGAUAAGAUAAAAUGCAUUCCGGAAAACAUAGGCAAAUAUAAGGCUAUGGAUGUUGGUCAAUUGCGCUUUUUAGAUAGCUUUCAACAUAUGUCUAUGGGGCUUGAUAAGCUUGUUGAGUGUAUGAACGGCAAUCUAGAAAAAUUCCCCCUAACGGUAAAGCAUUUCACCAAUAAAGGCUACUCAUUAGACCAAAUCAAGCUUCUAUUUCGAAAAGGAGUUUUUCCAUAUGACUGGACCAAUUCAUGGGGUAAAUUCGAAAAAACAGCCCUACCACGCAGAAAGGAUUUUUAUUCUCUACUUAAUCAACAAAAUAUUAGUAAGGCGGACUAUGAAUAUGCCCAAGAAGUAUGGCAAAAAUUCGAAAUGAAAAAUUUUGGUGAAUACCAUGAUCUAUAUCUGGAAACGGAUGUACUUUUACUUGCAGACGUUUUCAUGAAUUAUACCGUUAUGUGUUUACAGGAUGACGGCUUAGACCCCUCCCAUUACGUUUCAGCCCCCGGUAUGUUUAAUGAUUCUUUAUACAAAAGUAGUGGUGCCGAAAUCAAACUUCUGACAGACCUAGAUCAAUAUAUGUUAGUCGAAAAAGGAAUCCGUGGAGGCAUGUCUAUGGUUAGUCAACGUUAUGCCAAAGCUAAUAAUCCGCAAUGCCCUGAUUAUGAUGAAAGCAAGCCGAAAUCUUAUAUAAUAUAUGACGAUUUCAAUGGCUUAUAUUCUGGUGCCAUGACGCAAUAUUUACCAACAGAAAUAUUAGGUAAGGUAGCCCCCGAGGAAAUGCCCAAUAUUUUAGAAAUUCCGAUUGAUGCUGAAGAGGGCUAUUUACUUGAAGUUGAUGUUGAGGUUCCAUCAAACUUGCAUGAUUUAUUCCGUGAUUAUCCAUUAGCACCUGAAAAAGGCGUUGUACCUAGAAACUGGCUUAGCCCAUUUAAUGAAGACUUGGUGAAUGAUUCGGAAAUUGGUGGAGGAAAAUAUGUAUUAGGCGAAAAGCUACUUCAGACCCUCCUGACCAAGAAAAAUUAUGUGGUUCAUUAUAGAGCUCUCCAACUUUAUAUAAACCUUGGAUUGAAAGUUACGAAAAUUCAUAAUGCCCUCAAAUUCCGCCAAUCCCCAUGGAUGAAGCCCUAUAUAGAGGAAAAUAUUCGCAAAAGAAAAAUUUCUAAAGCAUCUGGGGAUGAAUUUGGGGUCAUGUAUUAUAAGCUCAAAAAUAAUGCUGUGUUUGGUAAGCAAAUGGAAAAUGUCCGAAAGCAUAUGAGAGUAGAAUUACUUAGAUCUGAUGAGGAUAAAAGAAUUAAACGUCUUACUUCAUCUCCUUUAUAUGUAGGCUUUAAGGCUUACGAAGGCGGAAUUACAGCCAUUCAUAUGCUAAAAAGCCAGAUUACUCUAAAUAAGCCGAUGUUU